AUGCUGCCAUCAAAAAUUUUGAAUUUUCAACAUUGCAGUAAAAAUUUUUUAUCCAAACGUUAUAACUCAAUCAUUUGUGUUAAUAAUGAAGUUCGUCAAGCACUUUUUGAAAAAAAGGGUGUAGUAGCUUUGGAAAGUACUAUUAUAACCCAUGGUAUGAAAUUUCCAGAAAAUUACAAAACCGUUAUAUCUGUACAAAAUAGGAAGGCAAUUCCAGCAACAAUAGCUGUAAUAAAAGGGAAAGUUAAAGUUGGUCUUACUGAUCUCGAACUUCAAGAAUUGUCAGAAAAUCAAAAAAAUUGUUUGAAAAUUUCAAGGAGAGACUACCCAUUUGCUAUAAGCAAAAAAUUAACCGGAGGAACCACUGUUUCUGGAACUAUGUUGAUUGCUCACAAAGUCGGGAUUUCUAUAUUUGUUACAGGUGGAAUCGGUGGAGUUCACAGAGAGGGAGAAAGUACAAUGGACAUAAGCGCUGAUUUAACAGAACUUGGAAGGACUCCUGUGGCAGUGAUUUCCAGUGGAGUCAAAUCAAUAUUGGAUAUUGGUAGAACUCUAGAAUAUUUAGAAACUCAAGGUGUUGCUGUGGCUACUUAUGGAUCAAGCAAAGAAUUUCCUGCUUUUUUUUGUAGAAAGAGUAAUUUUGAAUCUCCAUAUAAUUUGAUUGAUGAAAUAGAAGCUGCUGAAUUCAUUCAGUCAAUUUUUGAUUUACAAUUAGGUUCUGGAAUUUUAAUAGGUGUACCUAUACCUAAAAAUGAUUCGCUAAAUGAAACGGAUAUUUUAAAUGCAAUUGAAGAAGGAUUGAAGGCUGCAAAAAAUAAAAAUAUAAAAGGUAAAGAAGUUACUCCUUUUUUAUUAAGUCACAUUUCGAGUUUAACAAAAGGCAAAUCAUUGGCAGCUAACAUGGCUCUUAUAAAAAAUAAUGCAACAAUCGGUAGUAAAAUUGCUGUAGAACUUUCAAAGUUACGUUUACAAAAUAAUUAUAGUUCGAACGCGUAUUUAUCCAAGUUAAAUUAUAGUAGUGAUGUGAGUUAUAAUAAUGAUAAUGUUUUUAACGAGUUUUGCGGUGGUAGUAGUGAAAAAAAAAGUGAAAAGUUUAGUGCUGUCGUUAUAGGAGGAUCAAAUGUGGAUUUGGUGGUCAACAUAAUGGAUGAUGAUUUUAAGGUAGGAUAA